GUUUGUCUGAAACAAGGCUUAUUUUGAUUAGUCGCGGGUCAGACAAACUGAUCCAAACAUGGGGAUAACCUUGUACCUAAGGGGACAAGAAGCUUUAGUCCUUGACCAAAUUGGCAAAACACAAUCUUCUCUUCCAGCGCUAAUGACGAUGGAGUAUUGAUAUACCCUACCUAAGAGAACAUACAAUUAUAGUAAAGCAAAAAAAGUGAUCAUCCAACUCAAUGACUAAUGUUGUGGUAUUUAUUUGAUGAAUUGACAUUCAAUACAACAGACCUGUUGAAAAUGUGCAAGUCACAUGUUGAAUUUCAAUUAAUUUCCUGAGUUGACUGAGCUGAAAUGGUAUAUUCCAAACUUAAUAUCACCCUAAUUGACAGCCUACAUUUCGUAAGUAUGACUGAGCCCCCUCCCGUAACUGUUGCUAACAUAACUCUCCAUCCACUGUUUGAUGCCAGUUGGUCCUGGUGUUAGGUGACCUGCACAUCCCCCACCGAUGCAACACCCUACCAGCCAAGUUCAAGAAGCUGCUAGUGCCAGGCAAAAUCCAGCACAUCCUCUGUACAGGCAACCUUUGCACCAAGGAGAGCUAUGACUACCUGAAGACCCUGGCUGGGGAUGUACACAUCGUCAGGGGAGACUUUGAUGAGGUUUUUGUAUCUGCUUCCCUUCUGCUUUAUUACAUGAUCCAUUAUCUUUAAACGUAUAUGUAAUCCUUUAAUGGGUUAGAACAGUGGAUGAACUGUAGUGUGUUGUUGGCCUUCUCUGCCCUACAGAACCUGAACUACCCGGAGCAGAAGGUGGUGACAGUAGGUCAGUUUAAGAUCGGCCUGAUCCAUGGGCACCAGGUGAUCCCCUGGGGGGACAUGGCAAGCCUGGCCCUGCUGCAGAGGCAGCUCGACGUCGACAUCCUCAUCUCUGGACACACGCACAAGUUCGAGGCCUUCGAAAACGAGAACAAGUUCUACAUCAACCCCGGCUCAGCAACUGGAGCCUACAACGCACUGGAAAGCAACAUCAUCCCGUCCUUUGUAUUGAUGGACAUCCAAGCAUCCACAGUGGUGACGUACGUCUACCAGCUCAUCGGAGAUGACGUAAAAGUGGAGAGGAUUGAGUACAAGAAAUCCUAAAACCAGGGCUGAAGUAGGGGGUUCUGUUGUUCACUAAGUGUAUCGUUUCAUUCCUUUCUACCUGCAGCUCCAACUAUGUCACCACUAAUGCUUGACUUGGGCAGAAGCUAACUGGAGCUGAGUAUCUGCACCUCAAAUGUUCUACUGCUUGAGCUCCUGUUCCUCUUAUAGAAUAAUAGCGCCAAAGUAUUGUGGAGCUCCUGCACCUAAAUAUAACCAGUACCAGCACACAAAAUGAGUACUGGAACCUAUUUCAGUCCAAGUCAAGCACUGGUCACCACAAUGCUAAUGCUGUACCAUAACUGUGUUUGCCACUUAACUCUAUAAAGAAAUGCAUAAAAUUGUUUAUUUCAUCAGCAUUUGCUUGUGUUCGACCCACCAUCUGGUGUCUGUAGAGAAUGCAAUAAGGUCACGAGUUUGCGUAAUGUCAUUCAAAUAAAUAUUUUAAAUUUUACGUAUUGGGAUGUAAAAUGUCCUGUAAGUACGUGUAACUCCAUGGCCUUUAUCUUCCUGUAGUGGGCGUUCUCUCACUCAUUUUUUCCCCCCACAAUAAAAAUCCCAUUUCACUUUCA